ACAUAGGACUGAGAGGCCGACCAAACCAUGUAGGUAGGCUCCGAGUGUAAUAUGAGCUCGUGCCGUUGCGAAACAGUGUUGGAUUACCAACCCACGUCCAUCUGCUUCUCUGCCAGUAGGUAGCCCUGUAGAGACUCCGCUGCGUGGCAGACCAGGGUGUUGGCCGCGAGUCCCGCCCUCCUCCGGCUCUGGGGCAUCUGGACUGCAUCGGCCGCUCCAGUUGCGUGGCCGUUCACCAGGCGCCGGUCCAUCAUCGAUGGAUCGCCAUUACAAACCCACCAAGCCCACCUACCUCGUCAACCCCGAAACUUACACCCUACCCAUGCGCCCUGUCCCAUCCUCUACAAAGCUGCUCCUGUUUCUGCCCAAGGAACUAAACUCUCCCUUCUCAUCCUCCAGUUCUAACCUCGCCAACUAUACACCACCACAACCCCAUUUGCCCUCCGGCCUGGGUCACUAAUACGCCUAGACUCCCCGUCAACCCCUUUCCCUGCCAGUUCCAUCGUUGUCCAGGGAGACAUCUCUGUGAGCUCCAACGGGGCAGCGAAACCACAUCCUUGGCCUUCAGCACUUGACAACCACAUUCCCGAACCGAUAUUCACUUGAGCCAACAGGUCAUCAUGUCUCCUAUCACCAUGACGCAGACAUCGUCACUGGAGUCAUCGCCGAGGCUCCAGCCUCUGGACAGCAAGAGCGAAGAUGCCGCUGACGUCGAGUCAGGAUACGGCUCGGCCACCUCAUCCACCCCAUCCCUGCCACAGAUAUCCCUCACAUCUUUCCACCUGAGGCAUCUCAACGACCAGCUGGAGAAGAUGCACCCCAUGGACAUCCUCCGCUUUUGCCGCACCCUGUUCCCCAACCUGUACCAGACGACCGCAUUUGGCCUGACUGGCCUGGCGACCAUGGACAUGCUGUCCAAGAUCGAGAAGGAGGCCCCAGGGUCGUCGCGCCCCGUGGACCUGAUCUUCCUCGACACCCUGUACCACUUUGAGGAGACGUACAGGCUAGUCGAGAAGGUCAGCGCGCGCUACUCCAACCUCAAGGUCCACACCUUCCGGCCGGCCGGCUGCGAGACAGUCGCCGAGUUCGAGGCCAAGUACGGCGCGCAGCUGUACGAGCUGAGCUCCGAGUGGUACGACUGGGUCGCCAAGGUCGAGCCGCAGCAGCGGUCGUACUCGGAGCUGCGCGUGGCCGCCGUCCUGACGGGCCGCCGGCGGUCGCAGGGCGGGCAGCGCAACGCCAUCCCCGUCAUCGAGGUGGAUGACGAGACCGGGGUCGUCAAGAUCAACCCGCUCGUGGCCUGGUCGUUCCAGCAGGUGCAGCAGUACAUCAAGGACAACGACGUGCCCUACAACGAGCUGCUCGACAGGGGGUACAAGUCGGUCGGCGACUGGCACUCGACCAGCCCCGUGGCCGCGGGCGAGGACGAGCGCGCCGGCAGGUGGAAGGGCCAGGCCAAGACCGAGUGCGGUAUCCACAACAAGAAGUCCCGGUACGCCCAGUUCCUCGAGGAGGCCGACCGCCAGGCAAAGCUUGCCGAGGAGGCCAAGAAGCAGGCUGUGGCCGUCGCUCCCGUACCAGUCGCCAACUUGGCCUGAUCCUUGAAGGGACUGACCAGCGGUCGGCCCGAGGAAGAAGAAAAGAGAAAAAAGAAAAAGAAAAAGAAAGAAAACAAGCCAAACUGGCAGGAUGACGUCGCUGCGGAAGGGGGGAAACAGAACUCUAGUGGUGCUCACCGUCGGUGGCCCUGGACUCGAGCUCAGUAAUAGGGUUGCUUUCUUUAGUCUUGUCUUUGCUUCAUGAGCGAGUGUGGGGGGUUUGUGCAUCCUUACGGGCGUCAUCGCAUCGUCGCCUUGUUGGAGGAUUCCUGGCGUUUGGUAGCAUGGGUAUGGCAUUGCAUAUUUCAGUAGCCAGGCGCAAUCGAUAUGAAUGAAUGAGUAUAUAUCCCGUA